AUGUGGGGAACUGCAACCUGGCUGGCGCUCGCCACGCUUCUUGGCGCUGGUUGGAUUGGCCUCGGCCAUUGCGCGCUAGCGCCUUCUCCAGCGAUUAAGAUGUCACCUAAACCAUCGCCAACAGCCGUGCCUUCGCCCAUUCCACCGGCGGCACCUAAGCAGUACGACAUUCGACUGGUGGGCGGCCGCUUCCCCAGCGAGGGGCGUGUGGAGAUGUUUGAUGGCCAGGAGUGGGGCACUAUUUGUAGCUUACAGCGUGCCAUGGAUAAGACUCAUGCACGCGGCUCUCAGGAGUCAGCUCGCUCGCGUGAAAUGUUUGGCGAUGGAACUAGUUGGUGA